AUGAACUUGCAGAACACGGAAAACAUAUACCAUUUGUGCCAGGCAAUCCACCGCAAUUCUAAAUUGAAGAAUGACUCAGCCAUUGACCAACAUGUUCUGAUGACAAACCACAAUGUUUGGUUUGACCAGACUCAGUCAGUUUACCAAGGCUUGACAAACACGAAGAAGGGUGCAGUACGCAAGCUC